CCGCACGGUCGGAAACUGCACGACACAGGAGCAAGAGUUAAUACAUGAUGUGGACAACACGUACAUCGGAAGAGCAGCAACAAAAAAUGGCGUAUUCGUCUUACGCUUCAAGGCUGCAAAAUCUUCCGAAGAUGUCACUCUCCCUCAAGCUCCUUCAAUCAUUGCAGCAGCCGCUUUGGUAACCGUUCCACCGAUUGAACUCAGCCGCAGCGAAGAAGAAACUCCUAGUAGCAGCCCCACCGACACACCUGCCGUUAAUAUCAAGAAAGAUAUUAGUCACGAAUACGAAGAAAUUCUGCAACUCGCACCUGAAAAUCUCUUCGACGCGACAACUACUCUCGACAAGCCUUCAGAUACGUCUUCAACUACCAGUAUCUCAGAAAAAGGUUAUGCACUCUCAAGGUUUCUCCUACCUUCAUAUUUCAUGCUCUUGAUUCUUGCUUGGCUGGCCAUAGCAGCAAGCGAGCUCCGUACCCCGCUGCAAACUUUCCUACACUACAGAGAAGCCGCUUACCAGACUACGACUUCCACCGUCUACGAGCAAGGCACGGGCCUCAACUGCUACCAAACCCCUCGUCAUCGCGUUCAACAAUGCAAUGAAGCAGAAGGGUUGAACAGUACCCUACACGAGCUACGUGAGCAGCUGCGUGCACUGCUGACUCAACAAAUUUCUCUGCCCGUCACUUCACGAUUCUCUGUCAAGCCUCCGGAUGUUGUCGAGGCUCCUCUCCACUACGUGCAACACUCUCGUGGUUUUGCAUUCGUCCCCUUUGGCCUUGCCACGUUCAUUGGCGCAACCCCAACCACUUUCAACCCGACUCAUUUUUACUCUGCCGAAGUGAGGGGGGGAAGGAGGAUCUACACGCACUUCGUCAAAGCCAAAAUUCGUCAUCAACAAGGGAAGCACGCGAUUGGUCUACCAUUUGACCAAUGGAAUGACCGCCGACUACUUACAGCACAUGAAGUUUACACGUCAGAAGAUUCCAAAUUGCAGAUUUCAUUCGCCGGACUCCAACCACGACGUGACUACAUCGAACUUCCAGGAAUGAAGGGGAGUGUUGUGGUAAAUGAAGUUUCGCAUUCCUGCAAGUUCCGUUUUCAGUGUAGUUAGCAGUAUCGAGUUUCUCAGUAAGUAAACAGGUCCGAGUGCUGAUGUCAGCAAAGCAUCGUGGGUCUCGGCAUGACGUCAGCAUACUGCUUCAGUUACGCGAUUAGGCGUAACGAACCGUUUCAGUCACGCGAACAGUCGCGGCCCUAUAGUAUGACGAAUAGGUCGCAUAGCGCGAUGGUGACAAACAGGUACAUUAGCGAACAGGUUCACUCUGAUAAGACUUCCGCUGUCUUACUAGUCUACCAUUCCAGCAAAGAUCCUUGGUUAAGUACUCGUGUUUGUAGAUUCUAUACUUAGUCUACUACAACACCAGACGUUUUAUUUCAUGGUAUGAGAGCUAUCUGGAAUUAAGACUACCGUCAACUAUGACUGGUUCAUCACCAGCACCAUCUGCUGGAUCAGUUACUGGGACUACUGGAGCACAUGUCUCCACUACUGCCACUGGUCUCUCAGCCUCUGGGCCAUUACCACCAGCCUACGCUAAUAUCGGUAUGCAACAGCAGAAUCCACCUUCUGUCAAUACUCCAGGUGCUCCAUCGACUGCACCUGCAGCGCAACAGCAACAAUCACAGACAUCAGCACAUCAACAAGCGUCGGUACAGCCACCAGUUUCAACGCAAUCGAUUUCAUCUGCGUUCAGUGGAAUGAGCCUUGACGGCUCAAGUUACAUGUGUGGAGCUACAGCUCCAAGUACUGGUUCGUUCGCUUUCUCACCUUUCGUACAGCAGCCGCAGUCGCAGCAGUUUCAGCAUCCUUUCUAUAUCUUCGGUCGUUCCCCUGCUCAGCAACAACAACAGCAGUAUCAGCAACCACAGCCAGUACAGCAACAGCAACAGCAACAAUAGCAGCAACAACAACAACAACAACAGCAACAGCAACAGCAACAACAGCAACAGCACGGCAUUGUUUUUCAGCCUCCAAAUUUACUUAACAAUACUCAGAUCAAGACAACCGUACCUUUUAAUGGUGUUGACUUCUACUCCUGGAGCUUUGAGUUUGAGCUUCUGGCGCAGUCCGCUGGGCUAUGGCCGUUCUUCACUGGCGAGUUUACGUAUCCUGUCGUGGGAACACAAGUGGAGCAGCAGAGUUUCUUGCACGCCUCUCUCGGGGCAUAUACAGUUCUUGUACGGAACCUGUCGCCGAAGGAGCAGCUCGGCGUCCGAUCUUUUCACUCAAGUUUUACACCAGCCGAAACUGCAUGGAAUCAUCGAAAGGGGUAUACAUGGCAAAGGAUACGAUAACAGUGAGUAAAAUACUUUCGCAGCUGACAAGUGUGCAGAUGAUGACAAACGAAAAUGUCAUGGACUACGUUAACCGUGUCCGUACACUACGCGAUCAACUGGAGAAAAGUGGAGGAUACUUCCCUCGUGAGAUGUAUCUCACGGUCCUUCUUGCUGGCCUUGGACCCGAAUGGCGACAGAUGCGCGCCUUCCUGCGUAUGAACCCAAACCUCUCCGAAGCUGAAAUUUCGUCGUAUCUUCAAGCAGAACAGCAAGAUCUUGACCUGCAGUUACAACGCAACAAAAAGAGGGAUAUACAACUCAGUUUCUAUUCAACACCAACUCGACGUCCUCGACACUUCUGUCAAAUUUGCAACAAGGGAGGACAUUCUACCGACCGAUGCUAUUUUAACAAGAAGUAUUUACCUCAUGAAGAAUCGCAGAGGACGCAAUCAUCACAGCAACUACGACAGCCUUCGAAGCAGUUUUUGCAGAAUCCUACGCCUCCAAAAUCAGCAUCUGCAAUAUCAACACCACCAACGACACUCAGUUCUGCCCCUCCAAGCAACUCAUCAAAGCCGACAGCCACUACUUCAAACUCUGCCACUAAUACGGUAACUUCAAAUUUUCGUUUACCUACUUCAUCCACUCACAUGGUCAAUUGCAGUACAGAUACUGAUACUUGGUACUUGGAUAGUUGUUGUGGCCAUCAUAUGGUCUCUUCAACCAAUCCUUUCAUCUACAACCGUCGUCGACUUCUUCAACCCUGCCCAAUCACACUCGCCAACGGUCAAACAAUUUCAGCAGAAAAUAUCGGCAGUCUACUUUUGACAUCAAUCGAUACGGGAAAGUCUUUAUGCCUUACCAGCGUUUUACUCGUCGACAAUCUUGGCUUCAAUUUAGUGUCAACUCUUCAACUCUUGAAGAAGAAAAUCCGCACGGUCGGAAACUGCACGACACAGGAGCAAGAGUUAAUACAUGAUGUGGACAACACGUACAUCGGAAGAGCAGCAACAAAAAAUGGCGUAUUCGUCUUACGCUUCAAGGCUGCAAAAUCUUCCGAAGAUGUCACUCUCCCUCAAGCUCCUUCAAUCAUUGCAGCAGCCGCUUUGGUAACCGUUCCACCGAUUGAACUCAGCCGCAGCGAAGAAGAAACUCCUAGUAGCAGCCCCACCGACACACCUGCCGUUAAUAUCAAGAAAGAUAUUAGUCACGAAUACGAAGAAAUUCUGCAACUCGCACCUGAAAAUCUCUUCGACGCGACAACUACUCUCGACAAGCCUUCAGAUACGUCUUCAACUACCAGUAUCUCAGAAAAAGGUUAUGCACUCUCAAGGUUUCUCCUACCUUCAUAUUUCAUGCUCUUGAUUCUUGCUUGGCUGGCCAUAGCAGCAAGCGAGCUCCGUACCCCGCUGCAAACUUUCCUACACUACAGAGAAGCCGCUUACCAGACUACGACUUCCACCGUCUACGAGCAAGGCACGGGCCUCAACUGCUACCAAACCCCUCGUCAUCGCGUUCAACAAUGCAAUGAAGCAGAAGGGUUGAACAGUACCCUACACGAGCUACGUGAGCAGCUGCGUGCACUGCUGACUCAACAAAUUUCUCUGCCCGUCACUUCACGAUUCUCUGUCAAGCCUCCGGAUGUUGUCGAGGCUCCUCUCCACUACGUGCAACACUCUCGUGGUUUUGCAUUCGUCCCCUUUGGCCUUGCCACGUUCAUUGGCGCAACCCCAACCACUUUCAACCCGACUCAUUUUUACUCUGCCGAAGUGAGGGGGGGAAGGAGGAUCUACACGCACUUCGUCAAAGCCAAAAUUCGUCAUCAACAAGGGAAGCACGCGAUUGGUCUACCAUUUGACCAAUGGAAUGACCGCCGACUACUUACAGCACAUGAAGUUUACACGUCAGAAGAUUCCAAAUUGCAGAUUUCAUUCGCCGGACUCCAACCACGACGUGACUACAUCGAACUUCCA